AUAUAAGAGUACUAGACAUAUCAACCGGAGAAGGCAUUCUCUCUUAGUAGCCCGCCGAUGACCAAACGUUAAGGUAGCGCUGUGUACAAAAACCGCGUCACACUAAGUUGGGUGCCUGAGUUGGGUGCCGUGAAGAAGAAGAGUCAGGAAAUAACCGGAAUAACCGGAAAGAAGGAAUCAAGUGUGAAAAAAGAAAACUACGAGAGACAAUAAGAGGAUCGGAAAAAAUUAACAAGAAGUGCGAGUUUUCAGAAAGGAAUUGCCGAGUGGAGUCAAGUGUUCGGUCAAAGAAAGGAAAAACGGAGUAUAUGUACGAGUGAAAGGGAACCAGAAUUGUCGUAUUUCGACAGUCGCGUUGGCAGUGUCAGCAACAACGCAAAAGUGUUAGCUCUCCCUGAAAUUGCUCGUUGCCGGAGACAAAUAGAAAGCCAAGUAGAACAGAGUGAUAAAAGAGGGAUAGAAAAAGAGAAAGAUUUUUGCUAUCCAUACGAAGCAAGAAGUUGCAAUUUUUUCAAGCAUUUGAAAAUGGGUACUUUGCAGCAGCAAUCGAUUUUAAAAGGUCAGCAGACUGAAAGGAAUCGGGAGAAAGAUUUAGUACACGAACUAUUCAGUCGUGCAGCAAAAGCUCAUCCAAGUCGAACCGCGAUAUAUUACGAAGAUGAUGCCGGCCAGGAAUACAUGCUGUCUUUUAAAGAAUUGGAUGUCAUCACCAAUCAGUUGGCACGAGCUUUACAAAAAUACGAAAAAUUUGAAACAACUUCUCAAUCGCUAAUAGCUGUCUGUAUGAAACCUUCGCAUCAUCUUCCAACUGUAUUACUUAGUAUACUGAAAGCAGGGAUGGCUUAUCUGCCUUUGGAUGCGGAAUUUCCGAUGUCUAGAGUGAAACAUAUUCUUGAGGAAGCGCAACCAUUAAUAGUGUUAGUAGAGAAAGAAGCCGAUUUAUCAAUCUAUGAGGGAGCUCUGGUCGUGACACAUGAACAACUUUUGAAAGAAGCUAGACAAGAACAAGAAGAUGCAUUACAAGCUAAGGAGAUCUCGAAUCAACUUGCCAUUGUUCUUUAUACUUCCGGAAGUACAGGAGUUCCCAAAGGCGUACUUAUACCGCAUGCCACUCUACUGAAUCGUCUACAAUGGCAAUGGAGAGAACUUCCAUACACCGAUGAUGAAGAACAAUGUGUUUUCAAAACUUCCCUUACUUUCGUCGACAGUGUUCCCGAAAUUUGGGGACCUCUUCUACAAAACCGUACUCUAAUAGUUGUGCCGAAAAGCGUGACUAAAGAUCCGGAAAAGUUCAUACCGCUUUUAGAAAAGCAUCAGAUACAACGCUUGGUCCUCGUGCCAUCGUUGCUGCGUUCAUUGCUCAUGUAUUUAAGUUUGCGAGAUAAUAACAACAUUCUCGAUCGCUUGAAACUUUGGAUCUGUUCCGGGGAAACCUUGUCGGUCGCACUGGCCGAUCAAUUUUUCGCCACGUUUGACAAUAAGGGCAAAAUAUUAGCUAAUUUCUACGGUAGCACGGAAGUCAUGGGCGAUGUUACGUAUUACCUAUUGAACAAACGGACACAAUUACAAGGGAUGGAGAAAGUGCCAAUCGGAAAACCGAUCGACAACUGCAUAAUUUAUCUUGUAAACAAGGACAUGCGACUGGUUCCCCAAGGGGAAAUUGGAGAGUUGAUCGUGGCUGGAAGAAACCUUGCCGCGGGUUAUUUACGCGGACGAGAUACACAUAAAUUUUUAGACAAUCCUCACGCCAUCGAUCCAGAAUAUCCGAGAAUCUUUCGUACGGGCGAUUACGCUAAAAUUGUCAAAGAGUCGAUAAUUUUCGAAGGACGAGUGGAUUCGCAGAUCAAGAUCAGGGGUCAUCGUGUCGAUCUCACGGAAGUCGAAAAAGUGAUCGCCAGAAUACCCGAUAUCGAUAAAGUCGUAGUUCUUUGUCACAAACCCGGCGAACUAUCACAGACAUUAGUAGCCUUCAUUACUAUCAAGGAUGGCACGACCCAAUCCAAAUCAGAGAUCGAAGAUUUUCUUCAAAGGGCAAUACCGCCCUAUAUGCUACCAGAAAUUGUUAUUGUUGAUCAUAUACCACUUCUAACUAAUGGGAAAACGGAUCGACAGACAUUGCUAAAGAAAUAUGAAUUAUCUUGCUCUAAUGACGAAGACAACAUUGCUACGAAUUGCGACUACAGCGGCGUGCCAAGUCAAGAUCUCGCAAAAGCCCGUGUCCUCUUUCCGACUAUCGCGUCCGUAAUCGGACGUAGUGGACGCGCGCCGGUAACGCUAAACGCGAAUUUCUACGAUCUUGGUGGAAAUUCCUUGAAUUCCAUUUAUACCGUGACCAAGUUAAGAGACCAAGGUUAUCAGAUCGGUAUCACGGAUUUUAUCACGGCGAAAAGUCUAUCCGAAUUAUUAGACCGGAUGAAGCUCAUGUCGUCCGACGAGGAACCCUUGAAAGAAACCAUCGACCAGAAGCCAUACGUCUUUGAAUUAUUGAACGACUGCCAUAAGGAGGACGCGAUCGAAAUAAUCACAGAGAGCUUUUAUUCAAAGGCCGAUUUGGAACAGUGGUUAAUACCGGAUAUAAAGAGAGACGAUUAUCGGGAACUAAUGGAGGCCAUGUGGAAUUCUUCCGUGGAGAAGAAUCUUAGUUUCGUGAUUAAGUCGGUACAGAGCGGCAAAAUAAUCGGGGUUACUCUCAACUUUGAUGUUUGGGACGAGCCCGAAGUGGUACUGAAAUCUAAGUUAAUGAUCAUUUUCGAUUUCCUCGAAUAUCUUGAAGGACCGAUCAGAGAUCACAAAUUACCAAAGGGCAAAGGUCAGAUCAUUCACACUUCCAUGAUGGGGACGAAUAGCGACUUGAAUCCCGCCGAGAACGUACUUGUAAUGAGACAAAUGGAGGAAUACUGUUUGCAACUCGCCAAACAGAAAGAGUACGCCGGAAUUUUCACCACAAACACCAGUCCACUCACGCAGCAACUUGGUACGGACGUGUACGGUUAUGAAACAAUGCAAAUAUAUCAAGUGAAUAAAUACGAGGCACCCGAUGGAACUAAACCUUUUGGCAAAGCUCCUGAUAAUCAAGUGGUAAUUUGCUCAUUGAAGAUGAUCAAUUAAAAUGAUUUUAGUAAAUAGUGUAAAAAGAAAGUAUUACUUAUUAAAUAGUAUUAAAUGCGGCCUUUCAUCGAUGCA